AUCUGGGUGGCCAUUUUAUCAAAAGUUUGGGGGCUGGAAAAACAAUUGGAUGCAUUAGUAAAAGCGCUUUCUUUAUUUUAUUACUUUAAAUUGUUUAUUUUAAUCGCGGUUAGUGGAUUGUCACUUACAGUCGAUGACCGGUUAUUUGGGUUGAAAUUACAUUUGGCGGGAACAGCGCUGCGACGCAACCGGCCAUUCAUUUCUCAAGCUUGCGCGCGAUUAGCAAAUAGCUUAGCUUAGCUAAUGACACCCCGCAUUAUUUGACUAUAGUCACGCGUAAACAAUAGAUAUAAACACUGAAUUGUGGCCAAGACCAACUCGAGUUUCUAGAUAAAUCAUAGCAGGUGUAAUAGUUUCGGUUGGAGGAUUGUUAGGUCUAGCUGACUUGUUUUAGCAGCUGUUAGUACAGCCCGUGCUCUCGGCGUAAUCAUGACGGAGUGCUACAUUCGCGUGGCGGAGGAUGAGAAUGAGGAGCCUAUGGAGAUCCCAUCCGAGGAGGACGGCACUGUGCUGCUCUCCACUGUCGCCGCGCAGUUCCCCGGUGCCUGCGGCCUGCGCUACCGGAGCCCAGUGUCUCAGUGCAUGAGAGGGGUCCGGUUAGUGGAGGGGGUUCUGCAUGCACCCGAGGCAGACUGGGGCAACCUGGUGUACGUGGUCAACUAUCCGAAAGUUGCUGAACAUGAAGUUCAUUUUGCAGAUAACAAAAGGAAGAUGGAUGAAAUGGAUGCUGCAUCUGCUGUGAAGAUCAAGAGAGGUGUUCAGAAGACAUCAGACCUGAUUGUUCUUGGGUUGCCAUGGAAAACUACUGAGCAAGACCUUAAAGAUUACUUCAGCACUUUUGGAGAGGUUAUCAUGGUACAGGUGAAGAGAGAUGCAAAAACUGGAAAUUCCAAAGGAUUUGGCUUUGUAAGAUUUACAGACUACGAAACACAAAUUAAAGUCAUGUCCCAGCGGCAUAUGAUUGACGGAAGAUGGUGUGACUGCAAACUCCCCAAUUCAAAGUAUUUCCUGGAACAGGCUGGCCCAGAUGAGCCUAUGAGAAGCCGAAAAGUGUUUGUGGGGCGGUGCACUGAGGACAUGACUGCAGAUGAGCUUAGACAGUUUUUUAUGCAGUAUGGCGAAGUCACAGACGUAUUCAUCCCCAAACCUUUCCGAGCUUUUGCCUUCGUCACCUUUGCCGAUGAUCAGGUUGCCCAGUCCCUGUGUGGUGAGGACCUGAUCAUUAAAGGAACCAGUGUACACAUCUCCAACGCUGAGCCUAAGCACAAUAAUAGUAGGCAAAUGAUGGAUCGUGGGCGUUUCGGGGGGUUUGCGGGGCAAGGCUUCGGUAGUAGUCGCAGUCCCAACAACAAUGUGAAUUUUGGGGCCCUUAGUCUGAAUCCAGCCAUGAUGGCAGCUGCUCAGGCAGCCCUCCAGAAUAGCUGGGGCAUGAUGGGAAUGCUGGCUAAUCAGCAGAAUCAGACAGCCGCCUCUGGCACCACCCCUAGCGGACAGACCAGUGGUAGUAGAGAUCAGAGCCAGAGUUACAACCCAAGCAGCAAUAACUACAACAGCAGCACAGCUAGUCUCGGGUGGGGGGCGGGCACCAAUUCGGGCUCAAGCAGUGGGUUCAACUCUGGAUUUGGAUCUAGUAUGGAGACAAAGUCAAGCUGGGGAAUGUAGAGAGAUUUGAACUGGGUCUUGAAGUCUCCUAAUAUCUAGAUUAUAUGGUAAGUAUUUUGAGAGAAGAAAGAUUAGCAAGAUAAUAUGUCCCUUUUAUUUCAAAAAUAUUUGAUUUUGUAAAACUGAAUGUUCGUAAAUGUGUAAUGAUUGCUCUUUAAGGUUAAUUCAGAGUGGUUGAAAUUGUUAGGAGUGAUAAACAGAAAAUUUGAUCCUUUUUUUUCUUUAUGGAUAUAAUUUAUAUUUAAUUGUUGCAGUGUGCCCACAUAUCUGAAACAUGCAUGAGCAUAUCUGAGUUUUUCAGUGCCCUCUCAGCGUACAUUUAAAGAUGCUCCGUAUGGAAAGUGAUUUGAGUUGUAUUUUGAAUUUUUUUUUCCUUCAACGUUUUUUAUGGUCAAGCAUUCAUAAAUCUCUUCUACAGUUCAUCACCUCUUUUCCAAUUUCCCGGGAAGAAGCCCUUCGUUGGCCGCAAUGUUCGAGCGAUCUCAGUAUCAGUUCCCUUCUUCCCAUGUGUAAAUGCUUUGCCAUCAAAGAGCACAGCUUCACUCUGCAUAUACUGUGUUAGACGGGACGUUGGACUCGGCUGGCCCAGGUUUACCUCCUGAGUGAAUAAUGGGAGAAAUGAAGACUGAAGUUGAUCCCAUCUGUGGAGUUGCUGCUGUAUGCCUUAAACCUGAAAAGGGACUUCAUCACUUCCUUGUAACAACCUGGAAAUCCCUAUUGAAAUUUGAAUGGACAGUUCACAAUUGGCUGGAAUACAUGACUAGACAGUUUAAAAAGCAGAGUAAUUACAGAAAUGUAUAACAUGCUUGUGUAUUUCCAGCUGCAGGACUUCAGUGCAGUCAUUGAUCUUGCUUUUCAGUAGGUGUUUUGUAUGGUUGAUUUACAUGAUCUGUCCCAUGGUUGGUUUCACUGUAAAUAUUGUUUACUGAAAGCCAAAAAGACCUAUUUUUCAUAGUCUUCUGUUAUUGGUGAACAGACGUGACUUUGUGAAUGGGUUGGGGUGUAAAAAGGUUUGUGUUAUGAAUUACUUGAACCACUGGCAGGAUUUCCAUUUUUCUAAAUAAACACUGUUUGUCUCUGUUUUUAUUUUUA